AGUGUAGCCCCAUCAGUGCCACCUGUCAGUGUCCAUCAGUGCCACGUGCCAGUGCCCAUCAGUGCCAUCCAUCAGUGCCAGUCAGUGCCACCUAUCAAUGCCAAUCAGUGCCACCUAUCAUUCCUGCCAAUCAGUGCCGCCUAUCAGUGCGCAUCAGUGCCGCCUAUCAGUGCCUGACAGUGCCGCCUAUCAAUGCCAGUCAGUGCCGUCUAACAGUGCCAGUCAGUGCCGCCUAACAGUGCCAGUCAGUGCCGCCUAUCAGUGUUGCCUAUCAGUG